AUGGCUGAAAACGCUGCAGCUCAACCUCCCACUGGGGAGCCUGCCCCCGCGGCGGCCCCGAAGGUGAAGUCUGAGAAGGAGUUGGAGCGUGAGCGCAAGAAGGCCGAGAAGGCAAAGAAAUUCGCUGAGAAGCAGGCCAAGGCCGCUACCGCUAAACCCGCUGCCCCUAAGGCCGAAAAGAAGGUCGCCAAGGUUGAGAAGGAGAAGACCACCGACGCAUACGACCCCAAGGUCAUCGAAGCUGGCCGCCUUGAGUGGUGGGAGGAGCGUGAUCUCUUCAAACCCGAAUGGGGUCCCGAUGGCAAGGUCAAGCCUGAGGGUUCUUUCGUUAUUCCUAUUCCUCCUCCGAACGUCACCGGUUCCCUCCAUAUGGGCCACGCCCUGACCAACGCCCUCCAAGAUACUAUGAUCCGUUGGCAGAGAAUGAAGGGCAAGACUACCCUGUGGCUUCCUGGAAUGGACCACGCUGGUAUCUCGACCCAGAGCGUUGUGGAGAAGAUGCUGUGGAAAAAGGAGAAGAAGACCCGCCAUGACCUGGGUCGUGAAGCUAUGGUCAAGCUCAUUUGGGACUGGAAGGAUCAAUACCACAGCAACAUUAAGAACGCCUUGCGGAGAGUUGGUGGCUCCUUUGACUGGUCCCGCGAGGCCUUCACUAUGGACCCCAAUCUGUCUGCUGCCGUGACUGAGACCUUCGUCCGUCUCCAUGAGGAGGGCAUUAUCUACCGUGCUAACCGUCUGGUUAAUUGGUGUGUUGCUCUGAACACUUCCCUCUCCAACCUUGAGGUUGAAAACAAGGAGAUUGAAGGCCGCACCCUCCUAGAUGUGCCUGGCUACGACCGCAAGGUCGAGUUCGGUGUCCUCACUCAUUUCUGCUACGAGAUUGAGGGUACCAAAGAACGCAUUGAGAUUGCUACCACCCGUCCCGAGACCAUGGUUGGUGACACCGGUAUUGCUGUCCACCCUAAUGACGCGCGCUACAAGCACUUGAUUGGCAAGCACGCCGUUCACCCCUUCAUCGAUCGCCUGAUGCCCAUUGUCGCCGAUGAGGGUGUUGACCCCGAGUUUGGUACUGGUGCUGUGAAGAUCACCCCGGCCCACGACUUCAACGAUUUCAACCGCGGAAAGCAGCACAACCUCAAGUUUAUCUCCGUUAUGAAUGAUGACGGUACUUUUAACAAGAAUGCCGGUCCUUACGCUGGCUUGAAGCGCUUUGAUGCUCGUUAUCAGGUCAUUGACGCUCUGAAGGAGAAGGGCCUGUACGUGAAAUGGGAGCACAACCCCAUGAAGGUGCCCGUCUGUGCUAAGUCCAAUGAUAUUAUUGAGCCUAUCCUGAAGCCUCAAUGGUGGAUGAAGAUGGAGAGCCUUGUUGGUCCCGCUAUCAAGGCUGUUGAGGAUGGUGAGAUUAUCAUUCGUCCCGAAUCCGCUGAGAAGAACUACUUCCGCUGGAUGAACAACUUGAACGACUGGUGUCUUUCUCGUCAGCUUUGGUGGGGCCACCAGGCCCCCGCCUACUUUGUCAAGAUUGAGGGCGAGGAGAACGAUGACAGCGACGGUAACUUCUGGGUCACUGGCCGUACCGAGGAGGACGCUCGCAAGAAGGCUGAAGAGAAGUUCCCUGGAAAGGAUUUCUCGUUGGUGCGCGAUCCCGAUGUGCUCGAUACCUGGUUCUCGUCUGGCCUUUGGCCCUUCUCGACUCUGGGCUGGCCUCGCAAGACCCACGAUUUCGAGAACCUGUACCCGACCUCUGUUCUGGAGACCGGUUGGGAUAUUCUCUUCUUCUGGGUUGCUCGUAUGAUCAUGCUGGGUAUCAAGAUGACUGGCAAGAUUCCUUUCAAGGAGGUUUACUGUCACUCCCUGAUCCGUGACUCUGAGGGCCGGAAGAUGUCUAAGUCCCUAGGCAAUGUUGUUGACCCUCUGGAUGUCAUGGAGGGCAUUCAACUUCAGACUCUUCACGACAAAUUGUUGACCGGCAAUCUUGCCGAUAAGGAGGUCGCUACUGCCACUAAGUAUCAAAAGAAAGCUUUCCCCAAGGGUAUUCCCGAGUGCGGUGCUGAUGCCCUGCGCUUCGCCCUUGUCUCAUACACCACUGGUGGCGGUGAUAUUGCUUUUGAUGUCCAGGUUAUUCACGGAUACCGUCGCUUCUGUAACAAGAUCUAUCAGGCUACCAAGUUCGUUCUUGGAAAGUUGGGCGAUGACUUCAAGCCUCAGGCCAAGGUUGCGAAGAAUGGCAAUGAGUCGCUGUCCGAGCGCUGGAUCCUCCACAAGUUUAACAUCGCUGCGAAGGAGAUCAAUGAGGCCCUAGAGGCUCGUGAGUUCUCUGUUGCCGCCAACACCUCCUACCAGUACUGGUACAGUCAGCUGUGCGAUGUCUUCAUUGAAAACUCUAAGUUUUUGUUGGCUGCCGAUGCCUCGCCCGAGACUCAGGAAUCCGCAAAGCAGACUCUCUACACUGCCUUGGAGGGCGCGCUCGCUUUGAUUCACCCCAUUAUGCCCUUCGUCACUGAACACCUGUGGCAGCGUCUGCCCCGUCGCCCUGAUGACAAGACCAUCUCCAUCAUGAAGGCCAAGUUCCCCGAAUAUGUGGCCGAGUUCGAUGACCCGGCCGCCGAAAAGGCCUACGAGCUCAUUCUCAACACUUCCAAGGUCAUCCGGUCUAUCUUGGCUCAGUACGAUGUCAAGACCAAGGGCGAUAUCAUCAUUCAGACUUACGACGCCAUCAGUGAGAAGACCAUCUCCGAGCAGAUGACCAGUGUCCAGUCUCUCGGUGGCAAGACCCUGGGUGAGCUGUCCCACCUCGGCCCAGAUAACAAGAUCCCUCCUUCCGGGUGUGUUGUUGCCGCGGUCGGUGCUGAGGCUGCUGUGUAUCUUCGUGUGUCCAAGGAGGUUGCCCUCGAGCAGGAGGAGAAGGCCAAAGCCAGCCUCGAGAAGGCCCGUGAGGCCGCUCGUCGGUCGCAGACUGUCAUGAGUGCUCCUAACUGGAAGGAGAAGGUCAAGGUUGAGGUCCGGGAGCAAGAAGAGAAGCGUCUUCGUGAUGCCCAGAGCGAGGCUGCUCGCUUGGAGGAGCAGAUCAAGGAGUUCGAGAAGUUGCGUUUGGAGUAA